CGUUUAUUUGCACAGUAACGACGACCAGCAUGCAUCUGACUGCUCUUUAAAUCUGAAUAGAAAAAGUUCUCUGAAGUUACAUAAUAAUAUAUCAUAUCCUCUUCGAAUGUAUUUCUCAUCGGAAUGAAUCUGAAUCUGUUGUUCCUUGAUGCCACUUGCUUGCAAUUCCAUCGCACCUGGAUCGCAGUAAUCUUUCACCUUCAUAUUCCCGGUGAUGAGUGCGUCCAAAGCUCCAGAAGUGCACACGAAGCUCGGGGCACUCAGAGGCCAGUAUGUGAGCGUGAAGGGGAAGGAGACCGGGGUCCAUGCCUACCUGAGCAUCCCAUUUGCCAAGCCCCCCGUAGGCCCUGCUCUGAGACUGUCUGCACCCCAGCCUGUAGAGGGCUGGCAAGGAGUGAGAGACGCCACCCAGCAGCCAGCCAUGUGUGUUCAAGACAAACAGCUACUUAUAGAUCUGCUUGAUAAACUCGGUGGCGUGUUGCUUGCUGUUCCAGACAUUUCAGAGGACUGCCUUUACCUCAACAUUUACAUUCCUGCAAAGAAAGCUCUCAGUGCCAAGCUCCCAGUCAUGGUCUGGAUCCAUGGUGGAGGGUUCUCCAUGGGGUCAGCUUCAAUGUUUGAUGGCUCUGCCCUGGCUGCUUACCAGGACGUGGUUGUGGUUCUGAUCCAGUACCGCUUGGGAGUUCUGGGCUUUCUCAGCACUGGAGAUGAGCACUUGUCGGGGAACUUUGGACUGUUGGACCAGGUGCAAGCUCUGAGGUGGAUCCAGCAGCACAUUCAUAACUUUGGUGGAAACCCAGAUUUAGUCACCAUAUUUGGGGAGUCUGCUGGUGGCAUAAGUGUAUCCCUCCUGCUUCUCUCGCCAUUGUCUGAUGGCCUGUUCCACCAUGCCAUUGCUGAAAGUGGCACUUCUGCAAUGGAU